GCCGUUAGGUGGCAGCAUGCAGACAGCACAUUGCCGUUUAGAGCUCUACAGAAGAACAUUGUAAACAAGCGUGUACCGUUUUCCUGGUUAUUGAAUUGUACGAAAUGUACCUUUACUUAAUACUCUUUGGUAUAUGACAUACAUUUACACAAUAUUAGCAUUGAAUGAAUAACAGUGAUAUUUCCCGCUGAUGACGUCUUAACGUGCAUUACUGAAUACAACGCUCGUCCAUCACACAACAACAUCUGCAGCCAUGCAUGAAAUGUUAUAUACGUAAGACGCUCAUUUGUUCUUUACGGCGAUAUUUAAAGCGACGUAUUUAUGUUAACUCAACAUGGCCACUUUGACGAGACAGGAUCUUAAUUUUGGGCAAGUUGUUGCCGAUAUUCUCUGCGAGUUUUUGGAGGUGGCCAUUCACAUGAUUCUCUACGUCAGAGAAGUUUAUCCAUCUGGCAUCUUUCAGAAGAGAAAGAAGUACAACGUACCUGUGCAGAUGUCAUGCCACCCUGAUUUGAACCGGUACAUUCAAGACACUCUCCAUUGUGUCAAGCCACUGAUAGAGAAGAAUGAAGCCGAGAAGGUGGUGGUAGUUAUAAUGGAUAAAGAGCACCACCCAGUGGAGAGGUUUGUGUUUGAGAUAUCACAGCCUCCACUGCUAUCUAUCAGCUCAGACACUCUUCUGUCUCAUGUGGAACAGCUGCUCAGAGCUGUGAUACUGAAGAUUAGUGUAUGUGAUGCUGUUCUUGACAACAAUCCUCCAGGAUGCACAUUCACGGUGCUGGUACACACCAGGGAAGCUGCCACAAGAAACAUGGAGAAGGUUCAGGUCAUCAAGGAUUUUCCAUGGAUUGUAGCAGAUGAGCAGGAAGUUCACAUGGAAGAGCCAAAACUCAUUCCUUUAAAAACAAUGACUUCUGAUAUUCUCAAGAUGCAGCUGUAUGUAGAAGAAAAAGCGAAAAAGACAUGAUGCAGGGAUGUUGUUUGCAAGACGAAGUGAAAAUAUGUUGACUUUGUGGUUAUGUGAUGUGUGUUAUUUUGGAAGGGCUUGUGAAGCUAAGUGAAACUAAUGUUAACCUGUGGGAUUUGUGUUUAUUUUUUCUGCACGUUUUUGCUGUUGAUUUUUCAUUGUACUAUGGGACAUAUUUUGCUUCUUAAUAGAAGUUUGUGAUUCUUUCUCGGCUCAUUUAUACGUCUUUUGUCACCUGAGAUGUAGGUUUACAUAUUGAAGAUGAUGUGUGCUCUCAACCUCUCGUGUGGUUUUCAUUUAGAGUCUUGUAUCUUUUAAGUUCAGUUUCAGAAUGAUGAUAAAAAUACCUCAAACCCUGUUGCACAUUGUUGCAAACCGUUUCCAGGAAACAGGAAGUUCAAUCCAGAAAUCAAAGAAAAACGUUGAGCACCUGUUUGAGCUUAAACAUGCCCCUGUUGGUGGCUAGAAGGUAUACUGCCACAACCGGAAGUGAUGCAAAAAAUCGUCCUAAAAUUUCAAUAAAUUACAUUAGCUAACGCCAACCCUAAACCUAACCUUACAAUUAUAACAAAAUCGUAAUUAACUGUUGUCAGCGUGACAAAAUUAAUGCGGUAUUGAGCUUGUUAAUAGAAAUCACGAGACUGAAUGUUGCGCCGUCUUGGUGGGAUUGCUGCUAGUAGGUUCAAUGCAGUGUUUUUCGUGUUUGAUUAGGAAAUAUAUCUAUGGAAGGUCGGUCUUGCUGCCAAUUCUGUCCGACAUACUAACCAUAGAGUUUAACCGGCAACGUGCUAUGAGUUUUAAAAAUUCCCUUGCGAUUGUUGCUGCCCUCAAAUUAUACGCACAUGAUCCAGGCUAAAAGUUAUGUCACUUUGGAAUCUUAGUUGUCAUAAAGUACAACGAUAAAGACUUCUUGAAAUAAACUCAUACAAGAAGACUUAUCCUGAGUUUCACCUCAUAGACUGUCAUAUGAUUCGCGCUGAAGAAGUGCAUCUCAUCAACACUUUAUUCCGAGUCACUUUCACAUCAUGAACAUAUACUUCAAAUGCAUAUUGCAGACUUUCUUAUUGCUUUUGGCCGAAAGAACACAUCAUUUUUUCCCAGAAUUAUUAUUUCAUGAUAAAUAUUCUUAAAUGCAGAGGGAGCGCUCUGGCUGAUGUAGAACAUAGCAAAAGGGGGGGGGGGGCUUUUCAAAGUUUCAUAACUCCUGAUUUGCGGGAAAAGAGUUAAGUUUUAUGUUAAUCUUCACUCUCCUACACACUCUAGAUAUGAUGCACUGCCGUUAAAAAAAAACGGCUCAAGGUGUUUGUGAAAACAACCUACACACAUCACAGAUAUGUAAAGUGAAGUAGUCGCGUGAAAAGAAAGGAUGUGAAAGGUUUCAUAGUUGAAAUGAAAACAUAUUUAUGCUCAUUAAUGAAUAUAAAUAAAAAUAAUUUGUUAAA